CUUCAAUGUACUAUGCAAACCAAUGUGAAGAGUUCUUAUUUGAUUUUCUUCCUUGAGGCAUUUGACAUGGGUUAUUCUCCCCAGGACACAUGCACACGGUAAAAGCCAUGCAUUAGAAUUCAUCCAUGUAACUUUGUUUAUUAAACCCUAACGUGUACCCAUAAGAUUCAAGCCUUCUUCACCCAUCAAUUUCACUCAUGUCCCCAGCUCAAUGCAAUUAAUUAAUGGACAAGUCCAAGAAUUGCUAUCCCAACCAUUCAUCAACGUCCCAAAUUCAUGCACAUCUAACCCCAUUUAAACCUCCUACGUUAUUGGAAUCCAAUCCUUCCCAUCGAGCCCUUCAUCUAGUUUUUACGAACACUUCCCAUUAAACAUCAACCAAACUUAUGGAAGCGCUUGUUACCUUGUUCUCGAUCUCGCUCGAGAAUCAUGUGGAAUCGUCGUUGCCGUCCUAAUGCCACUGUCAAUGAAUGGUCUGGAUCACCAUCUCCCUUGACGGUCGCAUCUCUCCCCGUCAUCGCUCCAUCCUGUCAUUGUUUCUCUUCCGGACCUCGUCCUUCCGAUCAUGCUCAAAUCAUCCAGCCAGCCCAUGUACGUGUUCCCUGCUUCUUUAUUGCCUUGAUUCCAAACUCGACAUCAACGAUGAACCUUAUCUGCAAUCGUACUCCGUGGUUUCUCUUCCAUCGACGGCAUCCCAACGACAUAUAUGGGUCGCCUCGUGUCUGCAGCCGCCAGCUUCCGAUAGCCUACUUCUUGAAUUCUAGUUGAUGUUCGACGCCGUUAUGGCCGCCGCCAUAGCCGUUGAAAAGUCCUCCAUAAUCCACCAACCGUAGCUCACAAAGCUCAAUAUUACUUAGCCUGAUAAACUUCGUACUGGAGUCCUCUAGGUCCAUUGAUCCUUGUCACGAACUGCGAACUUCUAGCAUGCUCUGGAGCUUCUACAAUUCCUGAAUGCGGGUGAUGGGGUCAGUCCUAGUCCUAAUUUCGUUAUCAACCAUUGACACAUAAUUACGCACAUGCAAGCCUUGGGUACGUUAUUGAGUACAUUAGUAGAAGUACAUUAUCGUUAACAUAUUCUUACUGAUAGUAUUUCUUACUUAACUUGAAAUGGGAUCCCACUCUCGACUUAACUAGCACAACCGUCCGACCACCAGAUCUUGAUAAUCGUGAUAAACUUGAUAACGUGAU